GAAUCUUUGUGCGGCCAUCCCAGGUUCGUCUGUAAUAUCUCUGGAAACUCGCACUUCCUGAACAUCUUAGCAGUCAUUUCGUAGAAUAUAGCUACUAAGGGAGUUUCUUGUAGCACAGAAAAUCUGUUAAAUUUUAUUUCAACCGUCUAGAUGAAUACAUAUUGAUAUUAAUAAGUCUGUUCUUUCAUAUAUGUUUGACUCUUAUAUACCCACCACAAAGUCGUCACUACGCAACCUAUUCCACAUAAUCGAUUAUACUACUGUUAACAUCACUACUCACAGAUAACCUUUAGGCAUUAAUAAUUAAAAUUUUAAGCAUCGCUGGGUAUCAGUGUAAGUGGGUUGGAAAUGGAAAGUCAUGUUGUGUAGGGAAGAUAGAUAUUACUGGCUAAAACAGUGGGUCAGGAUCGAGUAAAACAACUCAUGUUCUUUCGUAUUUGUCUUCUCAUCAUUUCAUGCUUUACUGAUGUCCGUUCCCUUUUUGUUGAUUAUUUAUUAUUUUGUAGUUUCAAUAUCUUCAUAUUUUCUAUUUCUUGGAUAUUUGAAUGUUCGCACCUUUAUCUGGGAUUCUAUGUGCAUGUAUCUCUUCUAUGGAAUAAAGUCAUAUCUGUCUGUCAGUCACUCAAAGACUUCUUGAGUUCAAACCUGUAUUUAAAAUUCCAUAAUCGCUUAUCGAUUUUAUUGCUUGACUAAUUGACUAAAUUUUUUCGAAGGGGAUCACAUAUAUCGAUCGAAUUCCUUAUUACGUAUCUAAAAUUCUUUUAGCUUUCGUUGAAAUUGCUCCAUUUAUAGUACUUCCAAUAUUCUUUUAUAUAUAAAUAAUGCCUGGUUUAAUGUUUUUAAUGUGGAUCGCGACACCUAAUGUUUGCCUCAUGGAAGUCGUAUCAUGACAUAACAUGGAUUCGGAAUUCACAUGCUAUUCAUUUCAAUUCACCUAUUAUACCUUGAUUUACUUGUAGAUCUAUUUAAAAUAUAUCAAUCUAGUCAUUUGAAGAUAAUGACAUUAAUUUAUCAAUCUUAUCAUACCUCAGAGUGAAAAAAGUUUCCCUACUUUUCUUCAUUUUCCACUUUGCUCUUUCAGUUCGUUAUCGUUUAGUGUUUUGUUUACUGAUACCCCAUUUUUGUUGUAGUAAUAAAUAAGGUGUUUUUUGCCUUGCUGUGUUAUGUCAACCACAUUUACGAGCUUUUUAUUUUAGUAGACUUUGUUAUCGGCUGUUUACCAUUCUGUAGACUUUUUGGAAAAUCAGACAUACAUUCCACAAAUACCAUGUUAGUGGUGAUGUCCCUUGAUACUUGUAUGAUGAUUGUCUGUCGGACUGGCUGUUAGUCAUCUUUCCUCACAUUUGACCAUCCUUCUUGACAACUAUUUUCAUAGACAAUAAUAUUGAGAGGUUUUUAAGAGCACCAGUUUGUGUACUGACAAGUUAGUACGGACACUAAAAUAAGAUGGACAGAUCCGGGAAAGUGCCUCGUCCCGUUUUUUCAUGUUAGAGAACAUAUCUCAUUGGUUUCGUGUGUUCGUAAUAUUAGUUGUAGGACUUUCGUCAAGUAGCUCAAGUAAAACCCUAUAAUCUGGAGUUUUCGCUUCCAUUCUUGUCUACCAAAGAUACUUAUUGACAAAGGACCGCAAAGGAAGACAAAAGAGAAAUAUGAUAUUUGGUUCCAUCACUAGUUUCUUUAUUUUAACCACAUCUUCAGACUAACCUGCAAAUGCUUCUUAAUUACAUUUUCGUUACAAAGUUUCAUGGUAAGUACUUCUACCUAUUUCCUAUAUGGAAACAUUAAUAUAUGGUUCAGUCUCAAAUGAUAAUCUGAAUCACUAAUUUUCCCACAUUUUUUCAUCCCUUAGCUUACUCUUCUGGAUGACCAAGAUGGAUCAAGCACAAUGGAUUUAUCUAUUUCAAGCGUUCUAUCAGAAUCAGGCACAACUUCAGAAUCUAAUACAUCUAAGUUAUCAUUAGGUGAAACUCCUAAACGUACAGGUUCUUCAACUUCUUUGUCCAGCAGUUCAAAACCUGAAAUGGCAAAAGGUCCACCUGAAAUCAGAAAAGCGUCACAAAUCCCAUCAACUGGAUCCAAUCCAGACCUGGUACAAAGUAAUGUAGCGCCAAUUUCGAAAAGUGAAAGUCCUCCAAACAAAUCCACUGAAAGUAAAUCUGUUAAAGAAUUCAUACAACCUAGUGGUGAUACGUUGCCGAAAACCAUCCCAUCAACUAUAAAAACAAGUGAUCCUAAACUACCUACUACUACUGAUGGUAGCAAAAUACCUGAAGUUUCAACCAUUACAGGAGCUAGUGAUAUUAAAAUAACUUCACAAAAACUAGAGCUUGAAAAUAUAUCUAUUAAGCCUAAGGAUAGUUCUCAUAAAAUACCAAGAUCGUCUGUUGUAUCAGGUGUUGUUAGUUCGUCUGCUGUUGUAACAAGUGACGGUGGUGGUACUCAUUCACCAGACACAGAAUUGGAGCUAACUAAUCUACGUGCUGAAAUAACAACACUACAUGAUCAAAUUGAAGCCUUAAAAAUGAAACGAGAAGAAGAUAAAACCAGAAUACAAGAAUUAGAACGUAUCAAGAUUCAAUUUACUCAACUCGAAGAAAAUCGACGUCUAAUGAGAGAACAAGCAGCUGAAUUACAGCGUGAAAUCGCACAACUAAAAACAGAAAAAGCUGAAACUAAAGAAGCAUUUGAUCGUUAUCGUGAUGAAGUAGCUGAAAUGGUUGAAAGUGUAGAAAUGGCUACGUUAGAUAAAGAAAUGGCAGAAGAAAAAUUAGAAUCAUUAACUACAGAAAUUGAAUUAUUAAAAGAACAAGUAGAAGAAUUAACACUUGAAAAUCAAAUUUUAAAAGAAGAAUCUGAAGAGAAAGGAGGAGCCUCCACUCUACCUGGUGCAGAUGGUGGACCAACUCCAUUACAAUUGAAAAAUCUUGAACAACAAAAUGAACGAAUGAAACAAGCAUUGGUUAAACUAAGAGAUUUAACUAACCAAGAUAAACAAGAAAUAACUGCUUUAACUAAACAAAUUACAUCUUUGGAAUCUGAAAUUAAUCAGCUUCAAACAGAGAAAGAACGUUUAACUAACGAUUUAAAAGGAAGUAUUGAACAAACUAUUGAAUUGAAAGAACAAGUAGAUGCUUCACUUGGUGCUGAUACAAUGGUUAGUCAAUUAGCACAACGUAAUCUAGAAUUGGAAGAAAUGCUUGAAAAAGUUAAAGAGGAAAGAAAUGAUUUGGAAGUACUAUGUGAAAUGAAUGAUGAAUUACAAGAGAAUAGUCGUGAAACUGAACUUGAACUUCGUGAAGAAAUUGAACGAGCCAAUACACAAAUAAAUCAACUUGUACGUCAUUUAGAUGCUACACGUGAAACCAUUGCAGAUUAUGAACAAACAUUAGGUAAAUUUAGAGAUUUAGUCGCUGAUUUACAAACUCAAAAUUCUGAUCUUCAAAGAUCAUUAGCUGAUGGAAAACGUUUACAAGAACAACAACAACAACUACAUUCAACAGUUUCAACAGAAUUUGCUAGUUCUGCAGUUUCAUUCAUGGGAACCAAGUUUGGUGCUACUUCUCAAGCACAAACUCUUGCUAAAGUGAUUGAAGCUGAACUAAGACGUCUUGAAGCAGAACAAAGUGCAAAUCAUGUAGCUCGUUUAUCUGCUUUUCUUCCGGAUUCAUUUUUACGACGUGGUGGUGAUAAUGAAGCAUUAUUAGCGCUUCUCUUAAUCGAUCGUCUAACUGGAAAGUGUGACCUAUUGGCUAACCAUCUUGUUGAACGUUAUCCUUUACCCCCUUGUGUACCUGGUCAAACAUCAUUGCAACUUCCUCAAACAGAUAGCAAUGCUGUAGAUAGUCAAACGACUACUGUUAGUGGAAUUUGUAUUCCAGGCACUGAUAAUCCAUUACCACCGUUAACUAAAAGUAAAGCAGAAUUUUACAGUUUCAUAACAAGAUUAAUUCAUUUACUUCGAUCAAUGGGCUCUUUAUUAAAUCAGUACAAGCAAAUCUUUUCAGGUUGCAGUGUUGAUCUCUAUUUGAAAUUUGGUUCUUUAUAUAAUGAAAUGUGUGUUCAUGAACAUUGUAUUGAUCGUUUAAUAGAACAAACUAAAAAUGAUCAAUUAGAUGAGACAAUAUCAUUAGAAUCUUUGAUAACAUCAUUUAAUUAUUUCAUUCAAUUAUAUAAUGUUCAUUUAAAAAAUGAACCAUUAUAUAAUUGUAAUAUUAAAUUGAUGGAUUUUACACGAACAAUAUUAUCGGCAGUUGAUGCAUUAUCAGUUGAUUCUAUGGCUUUAAUGAUAUUAACAGGAAAAGAUGUUGAUUGUUUAUUAAAAAUAGCUAAAACUGCUGCUUCAAAUGUUUCUGGUCCAUUAAGUGUUGGUAGUAUGGAUGAAGUUGGUUCAUUAUUAUUAUUAAAAUCUUCAACUAAUAGCGAAGGAUUAAUUAAUCUUCUUAAUGAAUUAGUACAUUUUUCUACAACUGUACGUGUAAUUACACGUCGAAUAAAACGGAGAAUACCAAAUAAACCGGUUGGUCAACAACCAUUAUCAUUUAAUCAAGAUGUUGCACAGAAAUUAGAUACAGUUAUUCAAUUAUUUGAUUCAAUUGUUGGAACUAUGUAUACAACAACUCGUUUAGCAGGUCAAUUAACAGUUCGUCAAGUGGAAGAUUCAUCCAAUCUUGAACCAAAUGUUGUAUUUACUCAAUGCUUAUCAGAAGCUUGUAAAGAAUACUUAACAUCAAUUGAUCUUCGAACUAGUAGUACUUCACGUCCUAGUGUUAUUUCACCAGAAAUAUUAAUUCGUACUAAUCUAAGUCAAAUUGCUCGUAUUAUCAGUCAAUUAGCAAUAGCAAUGGAAAAUGGUGAAUAUGAUUUUGAUGGAACCAAACAACCAUUGCCUCAAGAGCCAGUUGUUGCACGUGCCAUCGCCUAUAAACGUGCACAAACUGAAUUAGAAGGUUGUCGUGCUAAAUUAGAAAGUCGAGGUGAAGAAUUACGUGAAUUACAAAAAGCAUUAAAAGCACGUGCUGAUGAACUUAGUGAAAUGUCUGUACGUGUUAGUUUAGCUGAGAAGAAGUUAGAAACCGCAGGAAAAUCGAAUGAAGAGAAAAUUUCCCGAUUAGAACUACGUUUAGAACAAUCAGAAUCUCAACAGAAACGUAAUGAAAAAGAAUAUGAACAAACAUUAGAUGCACUUCAAGCGGAUAUUGAGGCUUUGGAACAAGAAAAAGCAGAUCUUAAAGAAAAAUUAAAAACACUUAGUAAAAAAGCUUUAUUUGAAGGAAUUAUUAAAUCACCACUGCUUCCAAGCAUAACGCAAUCUAAAGCGCAGCCUUCAACAACAGGCUCUACUACUACUACUACUUCAGCUCCUGCACCUGGUAGACAAACUUCAGUCGAAUGUGCAUCACCUUCACCUGGUCCAGCUCGUUUGGCUGCUUACCGAGAUGCUUCAUUGAUGGCAAUGGAGAUUGAAGCUCUCCGUGAAGCUAUUCGACGUUUAUCUUCUGAAGUAUCCAGACUUCGUGGUGAGAAAAUGCUUGAACAACUUAAGAACUUGGGUACUUUACAAAAACCUUCACGUCAUCAAGAACCUGUUAUUGUAGAUGAUGACACUUCUGAUAAAGAGAAUAAAUCAUCCUCACCUAUCCAAGAACAUAAAUCUGUUCUACCACAAAUUGUACAUGAUGUGAAUGUACUACAAAAAGAAAUCUUCUCUGUGCUUGCAAAUCCUCAAGUUGUUCAUUUGCCAAAGCCAUUGUCAAAACAAGUUUCAGAGAUGCCUGUUUCCGGUUCUGGAGAUGAUGGAUCAACUACUAUACAACCGAUGAAAGUUGUUCAACCCAGUGCUACAAUUCAGUUUAAUCGACAAACGGUAAAAUUAGUCAAUUUGAAAAAUGAAUUAGAAAAGUUACAACAACGUGCAUUUGAAGCAAUUAAAACAGAAAUACCAAAUACAUUAAUUCAAGCAGAUUUUACAUCAUUUCCAUCAAUUAAAAUGAAACAAUUAUUACAUUUAUCAAAUAAUAAUGAAACUGCAUCACUACAUUAUCGUUUAUUGUUUCCUGGUAGUGGUGGUGGGAAUAGUAGUAGUAGUAGUACUACUACUACUACUACCAUUGAAGAUAAUGGUGAACCUAUGUAUACAGCGAAAGUUUCUAUGACAAAAGACGAACUACACCAUUUACAUUCAUAUUUGUUAAGAGUUUAACAAAAAAAGUGGUACAUUCAUUGUUGUCAUUUGUUUACUUGAUGUUAGUUUUUUUUCUUUCCUCUUUUUUUGGUUUUUUGCUUUGUUUUUUAAGAAUUUUUUUCUAUUCUAGACUUAUUGGGAGGGGUUUCAUUCUCUUUUUAUGAUGCGAUAAGUAAUGUGGUAUUGAAGAUAUACAUAUAUAUAUUCAUAUGAUGAUAUCUAAGGAACAACGUAUUCAUCAUCCUGAUAUAUUUCAGUAUUCCUUGUUUCUUCACUGUUUUUCAAAUUUAUUUUUUAACAAGAUAUUUUAGUGAUCCAUAAAGUUUUCCGGUUUUAUUGGUUAAUUUAUUAUUGAUCAUGAUGAAUGAAAGCGAUGAAUAUAAACAGAAGUGAUAAAAUGACUUGUAUAUUUAUUUUCAUAUAAACUGGUCAUAUUGUGUAUCA